AUGCUUCAUUAUCAGUCAAUUUUCAAUCGUAUCCAAUCAAAAUUUUCCGAUUUUGAAAGUUGUUUGACAUCAGCAACAAUUCUUCUUGCUAAUACGUACGCAUUAAGUGGUAAUAAAUCGUUCACAUCACAUAUUCGAAUGAAAAUAAGUCAAUCGGGUAUGAAAAAAGUUGCUGGUUGUUCUUGGACUGUCGUCAAUGGAAACGUUUUUAAAUUUCGUGCUCAUGAUCGGUCUCAUACAUUUUCAACAGAUAUUUAUGCAGAAUUAGAUCGAUUAAAAAAUGAAUUACUCUAA